AUGGGGCCUCCUGCCCUAGAGCGUAGGGCCCCUCUGCUACCGCCCGGCGGCACUCGGCCCCAGCAGGCAAGUGCGGCCCACACCGCAGAGGCGGCCGACACGGCAGGGGUUGGCCACCUGCGCUGGGAACCACGCUGCCAGCAGCCCCUGCUCAACAGAGCGCCCGUCACGACAUUGCUGCCCCCACGCCUGGACGGGCCCUGGAUCUCCACUGGCUGCGAGGUGCGCCCGGGCCCCGAGUUCCUGACGCGCUCCUACACCUUCUUCCCCAACCGCCUCUUCCGCGCCUACCAGUUCUACUACCGCGACGCCGCCUGCCGGGAGCCGGCCCACUCGCUGCUCAUCAAGGGCAAGGUGCGCCUGCGCCGCGCCUCCUGGGUCACCCGGGGCGCCACCGAGGCCGACUACCACCUGCAUAAGGUGGGCGUCGUCUUCCACAGCCGUCGCGCCCUGCUCGACGUGGCCGCGCGCCUGGACCAGAGCCGGGCCGGCCGGGCCUGCGCGCGCCGGCUGCCCGCCGCCCGGGCCUGGCUGCCCGGGGCCCUGUACGAGCUGCUGAGCGCCCGGGCUGAGCGGGACUGCGCGGCCGCCCUGGGCUUCACCAUGCACGAGCUCAGCCUGGUCCGCGUGCAGCGCCGCCUGCAGCCCAAGCCCCGGGCCGCGCCGCGCCUGGUGGAGGAGCUCUACCUGGGCGACAUCCACACCGACUGGGCCGAGAGGCGCCACUACCGGCCCACCGGCUACCAGCGCCCACUGCAGAGCGCCCUGCACCACGCUCGGCCCUGCCCGGCCUGCAGCCUCAUCGCCCGCUCCGACGAGCACCACCCACCCGUGCUGCCCCCGCAGGUGGCCCUGCCCCUGCGCCUGGGGGGCCGGUGGGUCAGCCCCGGGUGCGAGGUGCGCCCCGCCGUGCUCUUCCUCACCAGGCUCUUCACCUUCCACGGGCACAACCGCUCCUGGGAAGGGUAUUACCACCACUUCUCUGACCCCACCUGCCAGCAGCCCACCUUCACCGUCUACGCUGCCGGCCGCUACACCAAGGGCACGCCGUCGGCCAAGGUUCGGGGCGGCACCGAGCUGGUGUUCCAGGUCACCCGCGCCCGCGUGACCCCUAGGGACCAGGUCACCACGACCAUGCUCAACUUCUCUGAGCCGAGCAGCUGCGGGGGCCCAGGGCUCUGGUCCCUGGGAGCAGAGCGGGAUGUCACGGCCACCAAUGGGUGCCUGCCGCUGGGCAUCAGGCUCCCCCACGUGGAGUACGAGCUCUUCAAGAUGGAGCGAGACCCCCUUGGGCGGAGCCUGCUCUUCAUUGGGCAGAGGCCCAGCGACGGGUCAAGUCCAGACACCCCCGAGAAGCGGCCCACGUCCUACCAAGCGCCCCUGGUGCCCUGUGACGGGGUGGCCUGGGGCCUCUCCAGGGCCCCUCAGCACCAGCCUCUGCCACACAAGCCUGUCCGUGCCAAGGGGCCAUGUCCCCAAGAGGCCCCUCUCUGCCCUCUGCUCCUGGCUCUAGGGCUGGCCAUCCUCCAGUGGCUCUGAAACUGGCCUUUGAUUCCUGGACGGCACUUUGGGACCCUGCCCACCCCAUGGACUCCCCCCGGCACGGCCUCCUCCACCCAGGCCUCUGUCCUGGCCGGUUCCACAGCCCGGCUGGGUCCGCUCGGCCCGGGUCCCCGUGGCUUGGCACCCUCCAGAUCCACACCAAGGCCAGUAAAUUCGCAUCAUGACCAUGAACUUGGGCAUCGCAGCAGCGUCCAAGGCUCUGAGUUUCCUGAUGCUCGCCCCUCUUUUCCCCGGGUUGUCUGAGGAUCAGUGCUGGGGAACAGACCACACAGCCUCCCCGCCUGGCUGCGCCCCAGUUCUCUUCCUACGCUCUUGGGGUUCAGCGACAUGGGAACGUGGGUCUGCACAGGCAUAUGCUGCCGCGGCUCUCCCGAGUCUGGGGGUUGUUGUUUAAAGAUUAUUAAUUCGAAUUUAGCAAUAUGAGCUCAAAGCAGAGCCAUGAAUUAAAGAUGCUGCUUCGGGCUUUCCGAGCGCCUCAGCUCGCUGGAAGGGGCUCGGCUCUUUGGGGGCAGCUCGGCUUUCUUGAGUUGUGACUGCCGGCGUGUGUCUGCGCCCGCCUGCGCUUCUGCAAGUUGGGCCUCAAGCUGUCAACUCCUCGUGCGGGUAAAUCCAGCCCUUUGGGGCCCGCACACGCGUAAAGGCGGCCCCACCCGCGCCGAGCAGCUCGGCCUCCCUGGCCCACGCCAAACACCCGUGCGCGGGGCUGGGGACACAUCUGUGGGGGAAAGCGGCAUUUCCAGCCUUGGACGGUAAUUCACACUAAGGACAGCGUGAUACUAACGUGCUCUGUGAUUAGCCCUACACGGGUGCCCUGGCUUUUCAAUACUCCCCGGACUCGGCUGACAAGGAGGAAGAGGAACCUCUGGUGCAUCUUUGGGACCACCGUCCAGGGAGGUCGGGCCACCGGCUACACGGGAUGUCUGGCGGAGGAGACGGCCUCGCCUGGCCCGGCCUGCUAGCCACCACGCCGAUGUGCUGAGGUCUCUGCGCAGAGGGACUCAGGUGGGCACAGGCGGUGCCUCUCCAGGGACCCCUGCCGGUGCUCCCAGGGCCUUGUCUGUCCGCUGUGAAAUUAACUAGCACCCUGGUGGGCUCACAGGUUUCCGGGCCACUGUGCCGAUGACUCAAACUGCCUCCCCCACCGCGCCCUCCUCCGCCCGAGUCCUAUCUCUGCCUCUUCUCACAGAUCUUGACCAACAACUGUCUGGGAAGCUAAUGAUGCUUUUUCAGAGGGAAGUCCUUGUCCUCCCUUGGACUGUGUGGGGUUCAAUCCGCCCGCUGAAAUUGCCCGAGCUUAUCUUCCCAUUCUUAAAAACAAAAAAAUCACCAAGUAACUAUUCUCUGUAGGUCUCAGAGAGCUAUGAGUGUUUCUGGCAUAUUUACCAAAGUACAAGAAAUAAUUAGAUU